CUUUGACACGUCAUCGAUUGAUCAAGAGUGACGUCACAAAGGUUACCACGAUGGGCGGAGGCUGUUCGAGAUGCUGCGCCAGCUGUGUAUCGUGUUGCUAUGGCUGCAGGAGGCACCGGUCGUACACCCAAAAGAUGACCACGAAAACGGCGGAGCGCGUAUGGUUUUGUGUGAUGGCGUUCACAUUCCUCGCUACACUUGCAAACAUGUUCCUAUGGGUUUCUUCCGAUAACGACGCCGACAGUGUGAACGCGGGCUUCUGGAAGUCGACAGGAGUAUGGUUCCCUUUCUAUUUUACAUUUCAGAUCAUCUCUUACGUAACAUUUGCUUACGUCAUGCUUCUUAUGUUAUUUGGAUUUCUACACAUGGCGCUGGUGGAAAGACUUCAAUUACACAUGUUACAUAAGAUCGGUGUUGUAAUGUCAUUGAUGAUGACAAUAACUCUCCUAGUCUUUGUCAGCAUUCGAUUACGUCAUCUCUGGCAUUUUGUUCCAGAACUUCUGGAGUACAUCGGACCUUUUCUUCAGUUGGUAGCUGUUGCCUUUCUGACUAUCAUAAGUUGGUUUGUCGCCGGAAGUCUAAGCACGUUGCAGAGAAGAGCUGGAAUCCCGUUUCGUGACGCCUCAUUUUGGUAUUUCUUGGUCCUGAUUGGUCUAUACAUUACGCCGAUUUUCAUCGAAUCACCUUGCAUUAUGACGCAACAUCAUGAAGACAACCCGCCCAAGCCACUCCUCUUUGCUCACAGAGGCGCGGAAGAGAUUGCCCCUGAAAACACAAAUAUUUCCUUCAUGAUUGCGUUAGAUGACUACGAUGCAUAUGGGAUUAAAACAGAUGUCAGAAUAAGUUUUGAUGGUGUCCCAUAUGUUUUCCACGACGAGAUCCUUACACGAACCACCAAUGCCAUCGAUGCUUUCCCCGAGAAUUACCGCCAGCCCGCGGACAUGUUUACCAUUGAUGAACUAAGGGAGCUAGACGCGGGGUCAUGGUUUGCUAGGAAAAAACCUUUCUUGACUGCAUGGUUCAUAUCUGACGAGGAGAAGGAAGAAUUUAGCCAGCAAGGAAUCCUAUCAAUGGUUGAAAUGUUUGAGCUUGUUCUCGCCCGCAAGAAAUCUCUCCUCUUCGAUCUACGACCGCCCCCUAGCGAGCAUCCGUACGCAACGUCCUGGCUCAACACAACGAUCGAUGUCAUAACAACGGAGAUCGGGCUCGAUCCAAGUGAAUUCACUUACUGGGAAUCACCCGAUGGCCCUCACUAUGUAUUUUUCAUCCAACUCUAUGAUAAUCGGACCAUCCAGAAUGUCUACAAUGAUAUCGCAUUUGAAUCAGUAAGGUCCGCCCUUGAAAAUAAUGUGUCUACGAACGUGUGGACGGUGAACGAGGCGUGGCUUUUUCAAUAUUACUGGUGCGCAGGCGCAAGUUCCGUGACUACGUCAUCAGUUCACACGCUGAGCGGGAAUAAUUCUCUUGUUUGGCAGUUGGUAAGUUACACUGAUUGAUGAUAUUUUUAAUAC